AUGCGUACAUUAUACCCGUGUCGCGUUCGGAUGUGAGUUUUUAUGGGUCCGUCUUAUCGAUCAGGUGUGCAUUUGUGUAUCAGCCCUCGGUACUGAACAUGCGCUGGCGGCGGUGCAGAUUUGGGAUGACCGAGUCGGUGUGCGGUUCUUUGCGACAUGCGGGCUCUUGCUUUCCAGACGUGUAAGGUAUGCGCCUCUGAUGUGCAUAAGUUACAAUCUGUCGCCUUGACCGCUAGGCUAAAAGCAAGUCGUAACUAGAACUCGACAGUUCUAGCUACUCAGAGGCUACUUAUGGGGCUGUUCUGUAAGGCAUCCCCUUACAAGACGCCUGCAUAAGUCGUUCGACCGCUACGAAUGGGCUCUCUAUCCCUUGGGAGUCAGUUCUCCUGGUUCCAUCUUGGUUUGCGCCUCUUCUCUCCUUCCAUCGGAUCUUAGACUGACUCGCUUCCGACAUCGCAGGACGGCAACUUUGUGGUCCACUACUUCCACCCGAGUAGCGACUGCGACGUAGCGUACCACGGCAAAGUCAUCUCCCGCUCUCAUUUCCGCGGUUUCAAAGGGAAGCUACCUGGCGAAGUUUAUGUCCACUGGCAUUACCGCCAGUGUGUCUUGAUGAACUUGCGAGGCAUCGCCGUGCGAGAGGUGUACGUGUGGACUACGGUCCUAGUCUUUUAUCCACCCUGCCUUGUCUUCGGGAAGCUAACAGCUUUUUACUACGUGCCUUGUGAAAGAAUUGUCGUCGGAACGACAACCUUACCGAGCGGGACCGGCGAUGACAGCGAAUUAUAUGAUGACGUGGAAACAUAG